AAAUUGUUUUGUACUUUCUGACUCAUCUGAAUAGGAAUCAUGGAGCAUCUCACUCAAGCGCAAUGGCGGGAGAUUAUGAACAGAAAGAUGCACUUCCCGCCAGCUCUAAUCAGUGCUAUUCAAGACGGGAAUGUCGACCAGGCCUCCAAGCUGUUACAGCCAAACGACGGUGUCUUGCGCCAGCUGGAUGAGUCCGAAGAUCGGCAGUGGCGUGAAGCUUUAAAUCUUGCAAUCCGUUUGGGCAAUGAAGAUAUGUUUGAACUCCUGGUGCGUUCUGUCAAAUUUGAUUUCCGCCAAAUCCAUGAGGCCUUACUGGUGGCUGUGAACACUAACCAGCCUCGAGUUGUAAAGCGCCUUUUAGAUCGUCUGGAUCAGGAGAAGGGCAACAACAAAGUUGACAUCCGCUCAUUUUCACUGGCCUUCUUUGACCAAUCUAUUGAUAAUUCUCAUUUUGCCCCUGGUGUAACUCCACUCACAUUAGCCUGUCAGAAGGACCUUUACCAGAUUGUGGAAAUGCUGACCAAGAAAGGCCACAGUAUUCCCCGACCACACAAGAUCUCAUGCUCAUGCCUGGAGUGCCGCAAUGGUCGCCAAUAUGACUUGCUCAAGUUCUCACUGUCCAGAAUAAAUACUUACAGAGGCAUUGCCAGCCGUGCCUAUCUCUCUAUUGCCAGUGAGGAUUCCAUGCUAAGUGCCUUUCGACUUAGCAGAGAACUCAAAAGGCUGUCGAAGAAGGAACCUGAAUUUAAGCCACAGUACCUGGAACUGGAAAACAUUUGUCAAGAAUUUGCUGUGGAACUCUUAGGAAUGUGCCGCAAUCAAAGUGAAGUGACAACUGUUCUCAACAACUGUGGUGAGGAUAGUGAUGAAGAGCUGGAUGAGCAUGGAUUUGAGGAAGGCAUUCCAAACUUGGCACGGCUGAGAUUGGCAGUCACCCUAAACCAGAAACAGUUUGUGGCUCAUCCCAUCUGCCAGCAAGUCCUGUCCUCUAUCUGGUGUGGUAAUUUGUCAGGAUGGCGUGGAAGCCACACCCUGUGGAAGCUUCUAGUUUCCGUGGGAAUUUUCAUUACAAUGCCUUUGCUCUGUCUGAUCUACUGGAUUGCACCCAGAUCCAAGGUUGGACAAAUCUUAAAAAUACCAGUAAUAAAAUUUCUGCUGCACUCGGCAUCCUACCUUUGGUUUCUUGUCAUUUUGCUUUUGGAAUCCAUCAUUAUGGAGAAAAAUCGAAGUACCUUUUCAACACGUGAUGAAGCCAUUUUGAAGAACUCUUUCCACAUGAUUUGGGUGUUGGGAUUUUUCUGGUUUGAAUGCAAGGAGGUGUGGAUUGAAGGUUUACGCAACUACCUCUUUGAUUGGUGGAAUUUCUUGGACAUAAUGACCCUCAGUAUGUACGUGGCAUCAUUCACUUUACGUGUCCUAGUCGUCCUCAAAGGAUAUUUCCUCUGCCUUGAUAAGAACACUGAACUUGAGUGUAAUUACUUCACUAAACUUGAUCGACAAGAUUGGCGAACUGAAGACCCACAGUUUAUUGCAGAGGUGCUUUUCGCUGUGACAAGUAUGCUGAGCUUCACACGACUGGCGUAUAUUUUGCCAGCACAUGAAUCUCUUGGAACACUGCAAAUUUCUAUUGGAAAGAUGAUUGAUGACAUGAUGAGGUUCCUGUUCAUCUUGAUGAUCAUUGGCACUGCCUUCCUCUGUGGGAUCAACAACAUUUAUGUGAAUUAUGUUGAUUCUCCAAACCUUGGACAGUUUAAUGUUACUUUUCGUUUUUUAUUCUGGACCAUGUUUGGUGUAGCAGAUGAAAAGUUUGUGGAUAUGCCGGAUUAUGCAUUAGCUCAGUGUGUGGGCCAAAUACUGUAUGGCAUUUUUACUUUAAUGAUUGUCAUUGUCUUGCUCAACAUGCUUAUUGCCAUGAUCACCAACUCCUUCCAGAAGAUUGAGGAUGAUGCUGAUGUGGAGUGGAAGUUUGCUCGUUCAAAGCUUUACCUUUGUUACUUCAGGGAGGGACUAACGCUGCCUGUCCCCUUCAACAUUAUUCCUACCCCGAAGGCCAUCUUCUACUUAAUAAGGAAAAUCUUCAGAAUACUCUGCUGCUGCUGUCAGUUUGACCAAAAACCUGAUUACCCGCCUAUCCCUUCUAUUGUGAGUAAGCCCUUUGUUGAUUUAAUCGAUGACUGUUAAUUAUUUUAUUUCCUCCAUGGUGCUGUGUUAUGUGACACCAUAUAUUGGAUGUUCCAGUGCGAGUGCUGCAAGUAUAAACUUGUGAAGUGUACUCAAGGAUUUUUGCAACUAACUUCAUUUGGUUCCUCACAUGCUUUUUAGUUGUGAAUUACUUGACAAAGCACUUUAAAAAUGUGUUUGCUUUUCUGUCCAUUUACAACUGAAAGUAAUUGUAAAAACUGCUAUUCAAAAGGCAUUUUUGUCAUAUUCCAGUUCUGCUCCCAUUAAUGUGUAGGU